UUUUAUUAUCCUCUGGAUUCUUCCCCCUCCCUCUCCCCACAGUCCCCAAGGUCCCAAACCAUGACUUCCAAACUCGCCCAGAACUUUAAGCAGCCCGCUCUGGACUUCUUGUCCUUUGUCAAUGCCUCCCCAACCCCCUUCCAUGCCGUCCAAUCCGCCAAAGAGCUUCUUGCCAAGGCUGGUUUUCAAGAACUAAAGGAAAAGGAUUCCUGGGCCUCGACAUGUCGCCCUGGUGGCAAGUACUACUUGACUCGCAAUAGCUCGACUAUCGUCGCUUUUGCUGUCGGUAAGAAAUGGAAGCCCGGAAAUUCUAUUUCCAUGAUCGGUGCCCACACGGACUCUCCCGUGUUGAGGAUUAAGCCCGUGAGCAACAAGCGCGGGGAAGGAUUCGUCCAGGUCGGCGUUGAGACCUACGGAGGUGGCAUCUGGCACACAUGGUUCGAUCGUGACUUGGGAGUCGCAGGUCGGGCCAUGGUCCGGACCGGCGAUGGCUCCAUAGUCCAGAAAUUGAUCAAGAUUGACCGCCCCAUUCUCCGAAUUCCAACCUUGGCUAUUCAUCUGGAUCGCCAGGAGACUUUCUCCUUCAACAAGGAAACCCAGCUCUUCCCUAUUGCCGGUCUUGUUUCCGCCGAGCUCAACCGCACCGGUGCUGCCAGCGGUACCUCCAAUGGCACCGGCGACAAGGACGCCAAGGCUGGUGAAGAAGAGAAGGGGGAGUUCUCUCCUCUGAAAGCGAUCACAGAGCGUCACCACCCAUACAUCGUGGAACUCAUUGCCGCCGAAGCGGGUGUCAAGCCGCUUGACAUCAUUGACUUCGAAAUGAUUCUGUUUGACACCCAGAAGUCUGCCCUGGGUGGUCUUCUUGAGGAAUUCAUCUUCUCGCCGCGCUUGGACAACCUCAACAGUUCUUUCUGCGCUACCGUGGGCCUGAUCGAUUCGGUGGCCGAUGCGUCGGCCUUGGAUGAUGAGCCUUCCAUCCGUCUUAUUGCUCUCUUUGACCACGAAGAGAUUGGAAGCCGUACCGCCCAAGGUGCCGACUCCAACGUGCUGCCCGCCAUCAUCCGCCGUCUUUCUGUCUUGCCUGCUUCGACUCCGGACAAUGCCGAUCUGUCAACCGCCUACGAGGAGACGCUAUCUACCUCCUUCCUGCUUUCGGCGGACAUGGCACAUGCGGUGCACCCCAACUACACGGGUAAGUAUGAAUCGGAUCACCGCCCGGAGAUCAACAAGGGACCCGUGAUUAAGAUCAACGCGAAUGCUCGUUAUGCCACCAACUCGCCGGGUAUUGUUCUGCUGCAGGAGGUGGCCCGGAAGGCUGCCGAGGGCGGCGGCGAGGGUGUUCCUCUCCAGCUGUUUGUUGUGCGCAACGACUCUAGCUGCGGAAGCACCAUCGGUCCCAUGCUGUCCGCUGCUCUCGGCACUCGUACCUUGGACCUGGGUAACCCUCAGCUGAGCAUGCACAGCAUCCGGGAGACCGGGGGUACCCAUGAUGUGGCCCACUCGAUCCGGCUGUUUACCAGCUUCUUCCAGCACUACUCGAAGACAUCCCAGACCAUCUUUGUUGAUUGAAUCAAAGGGGGUCCCCUGUAAAUAGCCAGCUCAAUUCCACGGUUCGAC